AUGGGCAGCUUCUUCUUCUUCAUCUUGCUCGGAAUUGGAGCAGCGGGAAGCGGUUUCCCGGGAAUACAACUGCCUGGUAUUACGUCGUCGGAAAACCGCUUUGGGUUUUUCAUAUUCGGAGAUUCCUACGUGGAUGCCGGAAACAACAACUACAUCAACACCACCGGUGACUUUCUGGCCAAGAAGAAUUUUAUUGCAGCUGAGUAUGCAAAAUUGCCUUUAAUUCAACCAUAUUUGGACCCUAAGAACAAUUUGUACUUGAAUGGUGUGAACUUUGCAUCCGGUGGAGGUGGCGCUUUAGCUGGGAGUCAUCAAGGACAGGCCAUAGGGCUUCAAACCCAAAUGAAGUUCUUCAAAAGGGUGAAGAACUCACUAACAAAGAGGCUUGGGAAUGCAAGAACUCAAAGCUUCUUCUCCAACUCGGUUUUUUUGUUUAAUUUCGGAGGAAACGAUUACCUAAAUCCGUUCGAUAUAAGCUACGACAUAUUCAAAACCCUAGACGCUCAAGAACAGUUCGCGGAUAUGGUGAUCGGAAACAUAACGAUAGCACUUAAGGAAGUAUACAAGUGUGGAGGAAGGAAAUUUGGGUUUAUGACGGUGCCUCCUAUGGGUUAUAUGCCAAGUUCGAGAUUGAAAAAAAGUGCCCAAUUUUUCGAAGAGACGUCUUCGUUAGCAAGGGUGCACAACAAGUUGCUUCUCAUGGCCAUACAAAGACUCGCCACUCAACUCCAUGGAUUCAAAUAUGCUUUUGCUGAUACCCACACUUUGCUCCUUGAGAAAAUUCUAAACCCUACCAAAUAUGGUUUCAAGAUAGUGGACACAGCAUGUUGCGGGAGCGACGAGUUUAGAGGAUUUUUUAAUUGUGGAAGGAAGAAAGGAGCUUUACCAUAUACUCUUUGUGAGAAUGUCCAAGACUAUAUGUUCUUUGAUUCUUAUCAUCCAACUGAAAAGACUUUCGAGCAGCUCGCCAAGGAGAUGUCGAGUGGAGAUGCUGACGUUGUUAAGCCUUAUAACUUCAAACAACUCUUUCAAUAUGAUCCAUUCUUGGGCUCUCAAUGAGAGAGAUCAUGUUACUUAGGGUGUUCGAGCUCGAUGGUUAGAGUUACACAUCUGGAUUUUGAGAUCGAGUAAUAUGUUUUAGCGUUUUUAAUAUAGUUGGCUAUAUAAAUUCGGUUUCACUUAAUUGAUCGUGGUGAAGUCAGUAAUGGAUCUGGUGGAUCAUUCGGCGU